AUGGCGGAUUACAAAGAUAUGCCCUCGAAGCCGUGGGAUACCUGCCGAGAGGUUCCCGCCGUUGAAGAUGAACACACGCCAUGGAAGAUGAUCAAACUACUAAAGAUCAUCUCCAUGUGUGUCGUAGCUGUGCUUGUGUUUGGAUUGGCCCUAUGCAGCAAGUACAAGAUAGACCCAAAGUUCAACAAUGUCACCUUUGAAUCACAUAUCUACUUUGACGACGCAUUCAAACAUGUUGAAGGCAGUCAGGGGAAUCACCUCAACAAAUAUGCAGAGAACCUCGUGACAAUCCUCACAGAAGUUUAUGGCAUCUUCACAAACAUCGAUGACAAGUUCUUCAAACAGAAUCAGCAGAUCCCUGUGCAGAAGAUCAUAAGGACGCCGUACUGAGGUCGUCUGGUGGUCACCAUGCCUCAUGGGUACGUCAUCAUAGUUCACUUCAAGGACAAAGACCUCAUCCGCCACAAGAAAAGAUGGUCUCAGGUCAUGUAUCUGUACUAUCUUCUGGGCUGGAAACUCAUGACCAAAUAUUACGCACGCUUGAAGAAGGGAGAGGACAAGGCUGAUAUUUCUAAAUUAAUCCUAAAUGUAAAUCAAAACAAACUGUGCCUGUUCCUCCAGAGAGAGAAGCAAAACACCUACAUCCUGGCUUUAGAUGGCGACACAGACUUCCAACCGGCUGCUGUGAUGCUGCUCAUCGACCGUUUAAAAAUGUACCCACGUGUCGGGGCAGCGUGUGGCAGGAUUCACCCCACCGGAUCAGGUCCCACAGUGUGGUUCCAGAAGUUUGAAUAUGCUGUCAGUCAUUGGCUGCAGAAGACAGCGGAGCACGUGAUCGGCUGUGUGCUUUGCAGCCCCGGUUGCUUCAGUCUGUUCAGAGCAGAAGUGCUGAUGGACGACAACGUGAUGAAGAAGUACGCCACCAAGUCCACGGAGGCAAGCCACUACAUCCAGUAUGACCAAGGUGAGGACCGCUGGCUGUGUACUCUGCUGCUGAAGCAGGGAUGGAGGGUGGAGUACAACGCAGAAGCUGAUGCUUACACCAAUGCACCUGAGGACUUCAAAGAACUCUACAACCAGCGUCGGCGAUGGGGACCGUCCACAUUGGCCAACGUGGUGGAUCUGCUCGGCUCCACCAGCAUCAUUUCCAAGAGAAACCCGUCCAUGUCCAAACCAUUCAUGUUCUACCAGCUCUUCGCCAUCACCUCAGCUAUUCUGGCCCCUGCCACGAUCUGCCUGUUGAUUGCAGGUAGUUUGAUAUUCGUGUUAAAAAUAGAUUCCAACGCUGCGCUGGUCCUGGCUGUGAUACCUCCCAUCAUCUACCUGGCUCUUUGCUUUAAACUCAAAUCGGACACUCAGAUAACUAUUGCUGGGGUCUUGAGUAUCAUAUACGCAUUCCUCAUGUUGGUGGUGUCGAUGUCCAUUAUCGGCUCUAUGGUGAAGGACAAAACCAUCCUGACACCCAACAGCAUUUUCGUCAUCUCCAUGGCCAUGAUUUACAUCAUCACUGCGAUAAUGCAUCCUCAGGAAGUCCAACUGGUGUUUCACGGCUUUCUCUACAUCCUCUGCAUCCCCAGCGCCUACCUCCUGCUCACUAUCUAUUCCAUGGUCAACAUGAACAAUGUGUCCUGGGGUACACGGGAGUCAAAACCUACCUCUGGAGCUGCAACACCAGAUCCCGUCGCCAUGCAAACAAAAACCCAGAGAGGCAAGCAGAGCCUUUUUUUCAACUCACCUAUCCAAUGUUUUGUCACACAACUACAGAAUAUGUCCACUGACAUGCAGCUGCAGGAGGACUUGCUCGACAAGAUUGAAAGGGUUUCUCUGCAGGAGGAGGAGUUCUUCAUAGAGCUUCAGAGGAAGUACCUGGAACCUCUGCAGGACGACAAGGAGAGACAGAAAACGAUGAGCAAUGACCUGCGAGAGCUGAGGAACAAGAUAAACUUUGCCUUCUUCAUCAUGAAUGCCCUGUGGCUAGUGGCGACAUUUACCCUGCAGCUCUUUGGGGCCUCAUUCUCCAUCAAGCUCCCAAAGGUCAACCUCGAGCUGGAGUACACCGGGGAAGACGUAAUAAUUGAUCCCAUUGCCUUCAUGUUCAUCUUUGGAUUCGCGACAUCGGUUGUGAUCCAGUUCCUGACGAUGUUCUACCACAGAAUCUUCACUCUGAUCCAUUAUGUGGCCUUUUUGGACACAGAGCCCAAAGAGAAAAAGCCUGAACCAAUAUACCUGGAAGGCAAAAAG